AAAACUGUUUUGUCAGACACUGAGACUCAGAGAGGAGAGGAGGACCGUAACAGUAGAGGAGUACAGUUAAAUGAACCAUUUGUGACUUGUUCUCUGGAUGUAAGGGACUUCCUUUAUGAAAACAGAGAGUGGAUAUUCACAGCGUUCAGGAUAAAGGUCGUGAGGAGCUGGAGCGUGCUCAGUGAGGUUCGGAAGACGUCAACAUGGCAGUCUUCACUCAGCUGGGUUUACUGCUUUGGAAGAACUUCACCUACCGACGGAGACAGACUAUCCAACUGCUGAUUGAGAUAAUCUGGCCCCUUUUCAUCUUCUUCAUCCUCAUCUCAGUCCGAAUGCAUUAUCCACCCUACGAGCAACAUGAAUGCCAUUUCCCUAAUAAGGCCAUGCCUUCAGCAGGUACCCUGCCUUGGGUACAAGGCAUCAUCUGUAAUGCCAACAACCCCUGCUUUCGUAAUCCCACCCCUGGCGAGACUCCUGGGGUGGUGGGAAACUUCAAUGAUUCUAUAAUCUCCCGUCUGUUCAUUGAUGCCAAGAAGAUCCUGCUCUACUCCCAGAAUGAUAAAAGCUACGAGGGCUACAAGGGACUGUUGAGAGCCCUCAAGAAGCUGCAGAAGAACACUGCCCGUUUCAAGCUGAAGGACUUUCUGCAAGACAAUGAGACCCUUUCCCACUUCCUGCACCACAAUGCCUCACUUCCUCGUCACGCGCUGAAACAGAUAGUGGAAGCUGACGUCAAUCUGGAAAAGGUGCUGACUAAAGGUUUUGGCUUCCACCUCAGAGACCUCUGCAACACAACGCCCCUGGAGGAGUUUGUUCACAUUGCUGACCGCAACGUGUCCCGUCUGACUCAAGAAAUGAUCUGCAAGUCCUCAAGUGACUGGCUUAACAAGGCACAAAGCCACUUCCUGUCCAACUUGGACUUCCUCAAACCGAUUCGGAAGGAUGUAAGGUCGGACCCCAAAGUUGUUCAGGAAGUCUCAGCUGCAACCGACAAUCUUCUGGAAAACCUGGGAGCACUGGCUGUGGAGCUUUCCAGCAUGAACAGUUGGAAGGACAUGCGUAAGGAGAUCCUGUACCUGACUGCAAAUGCUACAGGAUCCCCAAACCAGAUGUACCAGGCUGUGUCACGUAUCGUCUGUGGACACCCAGAGGGAGGGGGCCUCAAAAUCAAGUCUCUCAACUGGUAUGAAGACAACAAUUACAAGGCUUUGUUCGGAAACCAUGGCAACGACAGCGACAGUGAACCCCUCUCCACUUAUGACAACUCUUCCACUCCCUAUUGUAACAACAUGAUGCGGAGCCUGGAGUCCAGCCCCAUUUCCAGGAUGAUCUGGAGAGCUCUGAAGCCUCUGCUCAUGGGGAAGAUCCUGUACACCCCAGAUACUCCAGCAACACAGAGAAUCAUCCAUGAGGUCAAUAAGACAUUCCAGGAACUUGGCGUACUCAGGGAUCUUGGAGGAAUGUGGGAAGAGAUGAAGCCUAAAGUUUGGAACUUCAUGGAGAACAGUGAGGAAAUGGAUUUAGUCCGGACUUUGCUCCAGAAUAAUGCCAGUGCAGCCUUCUUUAAUGCCCAGCUCAGCGGGACUGAGUGGCGUGUGUCUGAUGUGUCAGACUUCCUGUCCAAGGUCUCAGAGGACCAAAGGCCUCCCGGAUCCGCCUACACAUGGAGAGACAUCUUCAACGAAACUGACCAGGCUAUACAGACCAUCUCACGCUUUAUGGAGUGUGUGAACCUGGACAAGCUGGAGCCAGUAGCUAAUGAGGAGAGACUGGUCAACAAGUCCAUGGGUCUUCUGAACCACCAGAAGUUUUGGGCUGGAAUUGUAUUUCCUGACAUCACCCAUAGCAACAGCACUGACCUGCCUCCCAACGUCAACUACAAGAUCCGCAUGGACAUUGAUAAUGUGGAGAGGACAAACAAGAUUAAGGAUGGCUAUUGGGACCCCGGUCCCAGGGCAGACCCCUUCGAGGACCUUCGAUACAUCUGGGGCGGAUUUUCUUACCUGCAAGACGUCAUCGAGCAAGGAAUCAUCAGGGCUGUUACUGGAACCAAGGAAAAGACAGGCGUCUACAUUCAGCAGAUGCCCUACCCGUGUUAUGUUGAUGACAUUUUCCUGCGGGUGAUGAGUCGAUCAAUGCCUCUCUUCAUGACGUUGGCAUGGAUGUACUCAGUUGCCAUCAUCAUCAAGGGUGUUGUGUACGAGAAGGAGGCACGGCUCAAGGAGACCAUGAGAAUCAUGGGACUGAAUAAUGGCAUACUGUGGCUCAGUUGGUUCAUCAGCAGUUUAAUUCCACUCCUGAUCAGUGCCGGCUUGUUGGUGAUGUUACUGAAGAUGGGGAACCUGUUACCUUACAGUGACCCAGGAGUGGUGUUUCUUUUCCUGGGAUCCUUUGGCAUAGUAACCAUCAUGCAGUGUUUCCUCAUCAGUACCCUGUUCUCUCGUGCCAACUUGGCAGCUGCCUGCGGUGGCAUUAUAUACUUCACCCUCUAUCUUCCAUAUGUGCUGUGUGUCGCCUGGCAAGACUACGUAGGCUUUGGAGCGAAAGUUGUAGUGAGUCUGCUGUCUCCUGUGGCUUUCGGUUUUGGGUGCGAGUACUUUGCGCUGUUUGAGGAGCAAGGGGUGGGUAUCCAGUGGUCAAAUCUGCUGGCCAGCCCUCUGGAAGAGGACAGCUAUAACCUGACGACCUCUAUCUGCCUCAUGCUUUUUGAUGCCGUGCUCUAUGGAAUAAUGACCUGGUACAUCGAAGCUGUUUUCCCUGGUCAGUACGGGAUUCCCAGGCAGUGGUAUUUUCCUUUCACUAGGACAUACUGGUGUGGGGAGAAAGAGAACAACCACCUCUCCACCCCUCUGUCAAAGAAGGGCAACGCUGAAGCUGUGUGUAUUGAGGAGGAGCCGGGCCACAUCGAGCCAGGUGUUUACAUCGAGAAUCUGGUGAAGGUCUACAGCCAUGGAAAAAAACUGGCUGUAGACGGACUGUCCCUGAGGUUCUACAACGGACAGAUAACCUCCUUCCUUGGUCACAAUGGAGCUGGCAAGACCACAACCAUGUCAAUCCUGACGGGGUUGUUUCCACCCACCUCUGGAACAGCCUACAUCCUCGGCAAAGACAUUCGCACUGAACUCAGCACCAUCAGGCAGAAUCUGGGUGUCUGUCCCCAGCACAAUGUACUUUUCAGCAUGCUGACAGUGGAGGAACACAUCUGGUUCUACGCUCGUCUGAAAGGCCUGCCAGAGGAGAUGGUGAAGACUGAGAUGGAACAAAUUGUGAACGAUGUUGGUCUGCCUCACAAACGAAAAUCCCGCACCAGCACGCUGUCCGGAGGGAUGCAGAGGAAGCUGUCAGUAGCCCUGGCUUUUGUUGGAGGCUCAAAGGUUGUGAUCCUGGAUGAACCAACUGCCGGGGUUGAUCCCUACGCCCGUAGGGGCAUCUGGGACUUGCUUCUUAAAUACAGACAAGGCCGCACCAUCAUCCUGUCCACUCACCACAUGGAUGAGGCUGACAUCCUGGGUGACCGCAUUGCUAUCAUUUCCCACGGCAAGCUGUGCUGCGUAGGCUCAUCGCUCUUCCUGAAGACCCAUUUGGGUACAGGCUACUACCUGACCCUGGUCAAGAGAGACUACGACUUGACACUUCAGUCCUGCAGGAAUUCUGCCAGCACCGUCUCCUACAUGAAGAAGGCAGAGAAGGAGGACAGUGUGUCAGAGAGCAGUUCAGAUGCAGGUCUUGGCAGCGAACCAGAGAGUGAGACCACUACUAUUGACGUAUCUCUUAUCUCCAACGUGAUAUUCAAGCAUGUCGCGGAGGCUCGUCUGGUUGAGGACCUUGGCCAUGAAAUCACCUAUGUCUUGCCCUACCAAUCAGCUAAAGAUGGAGCCUUUGUAGAGCUCUUCCAUGAGCUGGAUGACCGACUCACUGACCUGGGAAUAUCCAGCUAUGGAAUAUCUGACACCACCCUGGAGGAGAUUUUCCUGAAAGUGGCUGAGGACAGUGGAGUGGAUUCUGUUGAGCUUUCAGAUGGAGUCGUGCCGACCAGGACUCGUCGCCAUCAUGCGUUUGGAGACCACCAGAGCUGCCUGAAGCCCUUCACUGAGGAUGACUUUGAUUUCAACGACUCAGAAGGUGACCCAGAAUCCCGUGAGACCGACUGGCUCAGUGGAACAGAUGGCAAAGGUUCAUACCAGGUCAAAGGCUGGAGUCUGAAGAGACAGCAGUUUGUUGCACUACUUUGGAAACGAUUCCUCUACGCACGGCGCUCCAGAAAAGGCUUCUUUGCUCAGAUUGUCCUUCCGGCGGUGUUUGUGUGCAUUGCGCUGGUGUUCAGUCUUAUUGUUCCUCCAUUUGGAAAGUACCCAAGUCUGGCUCUGGAUCCCGGCAUGUAUGGAGAACAGUUCACCUUCAUCAGUAAUGACUUACCUGAGGACCCUCACAUCAACAAACUACUUGGAGCACUGACAGAAAAACCAGGAUUUGGAACACGUUGCAUGGAAGGAGAACCCAUACCUGACACUCCCUGUACAGCACUUGAGGAUGAGUGGUCGGUCCCGGAAGUCUCCCAAACUGUGAAGGAUACGUUCGACAAAGGCAACUGGUCCAUGGAGAAUCCAUCUCCGCUGUGUGAGUGCAGCUGUGGAGGACGCAAGAGGAUGCUUCCAGAGUGUCCUCCUGGUGCCGGCGGACUUCCCCCACCACAGAUGAAGACCAGUGAGACAGACACUCUUCAGAAUCUGACUGGCAGAAACAUCUCAGACUAUCUGGUGAAAACCUACGCUCAGAUCAUUGGCAAGAGCCUGAAGAACAAGAUUUGGGUCAACGAGUUCAGAUACGGUGGAUUCUCGUUGGGCGCCAGGAGUUCUCAGCUUCUGUCCCACACGGACGAUAUCGAUGUUGCGAUCGCUGAGCUGAGGAGACGCUUCCGUCUGGAGAGAGGCACUGCAGCGGAUCGUUUCUUCCACAGUCUCUCCAGUUUUAUCCAAGGAUUGGAUACCAAGAAUAACGUCAAGAUCUGGUUCAACAACAAGGGCUGGCACAGCAUUGGUUCUUUCCUCAGUGUGAUGAACAAUGGCAUCCUGCGGGCAAAUCUCAAACCCGGCAAAGAUCCAUCAAAGUACGGCAUCACUGCCUACAAUCAUCCGCUGAACCUCACCAAGGAGCAGCUGUCACAGGUUGCACUGAUGACGACAUCAGUAGAUGUGCUAGUUUCCAUCUGCGUGAUCUUCGCCAUGUCCUUCGUCCCUGCUAGCUUUGUAGUCUUCCUCAUCCAGGAGAGAGUGAACAAGGCCAAACACAUGCAGUUCAUCAGUGGAGUGCAGCCUUUACUGUAUUGGCUGGCCAACUUUAUCUGGGAUAUGUGUAACUACAUCGUCCCAGCCACACUGGUCAUCAUCAUCUUUGUGUGUUUCCAACAAGACGCCUACGUCUCCUCCACCAAUCUGCCUGUGCUGGCCCUGCUGCUGCUGCUCUACGGAUGGUCCAUCACCCCUCUGAUGUACCCAGCCUCGUUCUUCUUCAAGAUCCCCAGCACGGCUUACGUGGUUCUGACCAGCGUUAACAUACUGAUAGGGAUCAAUGGCAGCGUCUCCACAUUUGUACUGGAGCUGUUUGGAAGCAAUGAAAUCGGUGGUAUCAACGACAUCCUGAAGAACGUUUUCCUCAUCUUUCCCCACUUUUGUCUGGGCAGAGGCCUGAUUGACAUGGUGAAGAAUCAGGCAAUGGCCGACGCUUUGGAGAGAUUUGGUGAAAACCGGUUCCGCUCCCCUCUGGCCUGGGACAUGGUGGGAAAGAACCUGUUUGCGAUGGCCAUAGAGGGUGUGAUCUUCUUCUGCAUCACUGUCUUCAUUCAAUACCGCUUUUUCUUCAAGGCCAGGUCAUCCACCAGCCAUCUGAAGCCUAUUGGAGAGGAAGACGAGGAUGUGGCCAGAGAGCGACAGAGGAUCCUGAGCGGAGCAGGACAGUCAGACAUUCUGGAGCUCAGACAGCUCACCAAGAUUUACAAGCGGAAACAGAAGCCGGCAGUGGACCGGCUGUGUGUUGGUAUCCCCCCUGGAGAGUGCUUUGGUUUGCUGGGGGUGAAUGGAGCUGGGAAAACCAGCACUUUUAAAAUGCUGACCGGAGACUCUGUGGUCACCAGUGGAGAGGCUUAUCUGGCUGGCAAAAGUGUAAACACAGAAAUAGAUGAGGUGCAUCAGAACAUGGGCUACUGUCCUCAGUUUGAUGCCAUCAACGACCUGCUGACUGGCAGAGAACACCUCGAGUUUUAUGCCAUCUUGAGAGGAGUGCCUGAGAAGGAAGUUUGUGAGGUGGCAGAGUGGGGCAUCCGAAAGCUGGGCUUGGUCAAAUAUGUGGACAAGGCAGCGGGCAGUUACAGUGGAGGAAACAUGAGGAAACUGUCUACUGCCAUCGCUCUCAUAGGAGGACCACCUGUCGUCUUUCUGGAUGAACCGACAACAGGAAUGGACCCUAAAGCACGCCGUGCUCUAUGGAAUGCAAUCCUGAGCAUCAUCAAAGAGGGACGAUCUGUAGUCCUGACCUCUCACAGCAUGGAGGAGUGUGAAGCACUUUGCACCAGAAUGGCCAUCAUGGUCAACGGCAGGUUCCGCUGUUUGGGAAGUGUGCAACAUCUGAAAAACAGGUUUGGUGAUGGUUACACCAUCAUCCUGCGGGUGGCUGGCCCGGACCCAGACCUCCGGCCAGUGAUGGAAUUCAUCGAGCGGGAGCUGCCUGGCAGCACGCUAAAGGAGAAACACCGCAACAUGCUGCAGUACCAGCUGCCUUCCUCCCUCACCUCCCUUGCACGCAUCUUCUCCCUGCUCUCUAAGAACAAGGAGGCGCUCAGCAUAGAGGACUACUCCGUCUCCCAGACGACUCUAGACCAAGUGUUUGUAAAUUUUGCCAAGGACCAAAGUGAUGAGGACCAUUUGAAAGAUGUCCUGAAUAAGCGGGAUGCUGUGGUAGUGGACAUUUCCCAGCUGAACUCUUUCCUCAAGGACAACAAGACCAGGGAGAGUUGCGUCUAAUUCCACAACAUACCAUCAGUGGGAGAUGCUAAGCUUCACCCACCCUCCCCCAACCCAGAAAAUAUGGACCACUAACCAGAGGGGGAAAAGGACUAUGUUCAUUUUGUUUGUUUUUUAUUUCUAUUUUUUAGUCUUUUUUAAUUGUUAUCAUUUCUCAGUGGACCUGUACUUCAGCACACAGCCUCUUGAAAAGGCAGAGACUGCAGGUAUUGUGACAGACACUGAAACAAUGAAAACUCAAUGCAAAUCAAUGCAAAUAUAUAUAAAUAUAUUUAAGAUAAGAAGAUAUUCCUGUGAGGGUUGGAGACCGGUGCUUCUCCUUCACUAGUCGGACAGAAAGACACUCAAAAUACUUGAAGCGACAGCGGGAUUAGAAUGCUGUGUCAGACUGGAAAGCUUGUAGCCCUGCUACUCUCUCAAUGGACACGGCAUCAGAGAUGUUAGAAGGAGGUUCCCCGUUCUUGCUAAAGUAGUUAGCGGUAGUCAGAGGGACAAAAAAAAUCGUCCCUCUGACAAUAAAAAUCGCACAAAGUUCUGAUCGUUCACUGCCAACUGCUGAAAGAAGAAGACUUUUUUAUCAGGGUCAAACCUCUUAAACGCCCUUUGUUACCAAGCGCAGUUGUUUUAUAAUGCAAAUGGCAGUAAAGAAGCAUUUACAAUCCACUUGAUUUCACACACAAUCAUGCAACAUAUUAAUUUUUACUAAUUAGAUUUUUUGAGACAAUUUAAUUCUAAUAGACGGACAUAAUCUCUGUGGAGUUUAUUUUCUUUGUUUGGAUAACAAUUAAGAUUGAUAACCAAGUUGUCUUUUUUAUUUGGUGUCCUUGACAUUGUCCAGCACAGUGCCUAUACUGUAUCAUGGGUGGAGAGAGAAAACUGAGCACUCCAUUGAAAAACAACAACAACAAUGUAUGUAGGCUGCUAAGGAAUGUAUAAGACAGAUACCAACAUGCAUCAAAGCACAAAAAAACACGCUUUUUGUGAAGAUGAUGAAUGAAAAUUGACUAUUUUUCUUUCUUUUUCUUCUUCUUUUCUUGUUUUAAAUUAUGUCCUUCAUUGUCGAAAACACAAAAAAAUCUUGUGGUUGCUUGAUGUCUGUACAUGACGCAGCCUGCUAUACUGGCUUGUUAUUACUCGUCCUGCCCUCUUUAAACAGAACUGAAGGCCAAUCAGAACGGGCAGUUGUGACUUCAAACAGAAAGAAGAAGAAGAUUGCUGAAGAAGUUGGACUGUUUUUUUUUGAAGGUUCAUUGGAAAUAUAUACUGCAUGCUUUCCACUGGGCAACACUUGUGGAUUAUCAGCACUUCUGUGUUUGCUAAAGCACGUUGUAAGAUCAGCUUGUAAAGGGCAGGAGACCACUGAAUUGUGCUUCAUUGUUGUCGGGUUACUGGCACAUAUGUAUAUGUGGAGUCUAAAUCCAAAUUAUGUUGUUUAGAAAAAGAGGGAAAUCUGUAUCAAUAUGUGAUUUUGGAGAUGAGAUGGGAGCGUUUAGACCUGAGCCAUCACUGAUGUGGAUAUUAUGUACAGUAGCAGCAGUAUCUUGUGAUGUCAAGUUAAAAAAAAAAAAAAACGUUACCAGUGGAGUGAACAAACAUUAUCUGUGCCAAAUGGAGCUGAAUAUCUGUGUCUUUGAUCAACCAGCAUAAUCUUGAGGAGGUGACUGUUUUGUAAAAUUUAAGCUGUGCUUUGAUUUCAGUUCUUUAUCCGUCAGCUCACUUACAGAAAUCCUCCUCUGUCAUCGUCGUCAGCAGCUCAGAACAAAGAGCACAUUCUCUGUAAACUUUGUUCUCCAUCAUUCAGUCUCCAUCAGACUGCAAGUUUUUUCUAUCUUCUGGUGAUGUUGCCAAAUUCUAAUCUUUCCAUUUGUCCACAUUAAUAAGCUGCAACACUCAAGUUAACUCUACCGUCAGUAACUCAAAUUUAGUUUAGCUAGUCCAAAGGCCAGACUACACAUAAACAGGGACCACGUCAAUUAGAGUUGUGCUUGUAAUGCUUUAUAGUAAAA